AUGACCGACAAUUCUCUGCCUCUUUCCCUGUCCAUCUUCUACCUUUCUUUAAGGGUGAACCCUGGGGGACUGGACCCUGGGCUGGGCGUCUGCGGCUUCACCCAAAAAACAAGGAGAAUUCACUGUGGUCAAGAAGCAGAUAUUGGUGAGCUGUUCCAUUGGCCACACUAUGGGGCUCCACUGGUUGGGGAGUGCCUGUCUGUGCAGGUGGUUAACUGCAGCCAUGUGUUCAGCCCCAGGUCUCUCGGAACACUGGUGAUCUCCCUGCAGCAGCUACAGAGUACUGGGCAUUUGGUGCUACAGGAGGCCCUAGUGGAUGAGAAUCUGUGAGUGACCCCGAUACAGGUGGAGCUUGACCUGAAGUAUCAGCCCCCAGAGGGUGCAACUGGAGCCUGGGCAGAGGAGGAUUUUGGAGCAUCCAUCCGGGACAGCUCAGAACUGAUCAUCCCCAAUGUGGGCUUCUAGGAGCUGGAAUAAGCCUUUCCUAUCAGGCCCGGGGAGGCCUGGCUGGAGAGGCGGGCAGUGGCAUUGGGCCACAGGCUAGCUCGAGGCCUAGCUCAGCAGGAUGAUGAAGACAAUGAGCUGGAGCUGGAGCUGGAGGAUGAGCCUGAUGUGGAGCUUUCUGGUGUUGUGUUCAGCCACCUCAAGAGCCGAGCUCCGGCCCUGGCCAGAGGGGAUCCUUUCCAGGUGUCCAGAGCUCGGGACUUCCAGGUGGGGGUCACAGUGCUCGAGGCCCAGAAGCUGGUAGGAGUCAACAUUAACCCCUAUGUGGCAGUGCGUGUUGGGGAGCAGCGCCGAGUGACCGCCACGCAGCGCGGGACUAACUGCCCCUUCUACAACGAGUACUUCUUGUUCGAAUUUCAUGAGACCCGGCUUCACCUCCAAGACUUGCCGCUGGAGAUCACGGCUUUCCAUUCGCAGACCCUCCCCUUCAUGGCCUCCCAGAUAGGCACCUUCAGGAUGGACUUGGGCAUUAUCUUCGACGAGCCAGAUGACCACUUCUACCAGAAAUGGGCUCCGCUGCACGAUCCCCAGGACACCCGUGCCGGGACCAAAGGCUUCGUCAAGGUCACUUUGUCCGUGAGGGCGCGCGGGGACCUGCCCCCUCCUCUGUCAGCCCCGGGCCCCGGGCACAGUUCGGACAUCGAGAAGUGAGCUGGGAACCUGCUCCUGCCGCGCCGGGUGCCGGCCCAGAGGCCGUGGGCGCGGCUGCGCGUGCGCGUGGACCGCGCAGAGGGGCUGCGGGCGCUGCGCCCGGGGCUGCUGCGGAGUCCGGCCCACGCCCUGCAGGACCAGCGCGUCCUCAUGGACCCCUACGUGCGCGUGUCUUUCCUGGGGCAGCAGGACGAGACGUCCGUGCGCGGCGAGGCGGCGGCGCCCCAGUGGAACGAGCAGCUGAGUUUCGUGGAGCUCUUCCCGCCGCCGACGCGCGGACUCCGUCUGCAGCUGAGGGACGACGCGCCCCUGGUCGAUGCGGCCGUCGCCACGCGCGUGCUGGACCUGAGGCAGAUCUCACACCCGGCCCGCGCGGCGGGGUUUAACCCCACCUGCCCGGCAUGGGUGCCUCUCUGUGGAUCUCCCCCCAGCGGGGGGCUCCGGGAUGGUCUUCAAAGUCUCAAUGAAGGCCUUGGCCAAGGCAUUUGGUUCUGUGGCCUCCUGCUGGUGGCCGUGUCCAUGGAAGUGUCGGAAGGGAGAGCUGAACCUGAGCCUCCCCAGGCCCCACAGGGACCCAGAUUGUCCCGGCUCAUGAAAAAGAAGAAAGCCAUUGGGGGCCAGACCCCAGCAGGGAUCCCACAGCACCUGGAUGCCAGCUCCAGUGGAGAUGGUCCUGAGAUUCCUAGUGCCAUGGAGGUGGAGGUGGAGGAGUUGCUGCCUCUGCCAGAGAAUGCCCUGGCGCCCUUGCAAGAUUUCCUGCUCUUCCGUGUGCUUUUCGAGGCCACCAUGAUUGACCCUGCCUUGGCCUCCCAGCCCAUCAGCUUCGAGAUCUCCAUUGGCCGCGCAGGCCGCGGGGAGGAGCAACUGGGCCGAGGGUCCAGGGCCGGGGAGGGAGCGGAGGGCGUGCAAGCACAGCCUCUGCUGGAGCCGGACGUGGGAGUCGGGCCAGUGGAGGAGGAGGAGCUAGGGACCCCUGCCCACCGGCCUGAGCCGGUGAGUGUUCCUGGUGGCUGGAAGGAGGGCGUUGGGAGGCCCUACUUGUGCGUGCCCCUGCGUCACCGCAAGCCGUGCGUGCGCGUGUGGAGCCGCUGGGAGGAUCACACGGGGCGCCCGCAGAGCACUAACUGCGUGCGGAAAGCGGCCGAGAGGCUGGACCAGGGGCUGCAGGAGGUUGAGAUUCUGCAGCGCAGGCCGGGGCCUGGCGCCUACGCACGGCUGAAACAGGCGCUGGAAGAGCUGGUAGCGGGGAGCAGGUGAUUCUGCCACAGUGCUGAGCGCAGGACAAUGACCUGGCCCAACGCCCUGGAUCACUGCCGAGGGAAACUGCUGGUGCAUAGCCUGAACCUGUUGGCAAAGCAAGGACUGAGGCUUCUACGGGGUCUGAGACAGGGCAAUGUGCAAGAGAAGGUGGCACUGGCCAAGAAGCUCUUGGCAAAACUGUGCUUCAUGGCCCAGGAGCCCCAGCCACCCCUCCCAGAUGUGCUGGUCUGGAUGCUCAGUGGGCGGCGCCUCGUGGCCUGGGCCCAGAUCCCUGCCCAGGAUGUGCUGUUCUCUGUGGUUGAGGAGGAACGGGGCCGGGACUGUGGGAAGAUCCAGAGUCUACUGCUCACAGCACCUGGGGCAGCUCCUGGUGAGGUCUGUGCCAAGCUGGAGCUCUUUCUGUGGCUGGGGCUGGGUAAGCAAGCCAAGGCUGCACCUCAGAGCUCCCCCGGGGACCUGCUGCCCGAGCCCCCCGAGGGGCUGCCACACCACCUGUACCGGCCCUACUUCAGCUACUUCCAGCUCCGAGCUCACUUGUACCAGGCCCGAGGGGUGUUGGCAGCAGAUGACAGUCGGCUUUCAGACCCCUUUGCUCGAGUCCUCAUCUCUACCCAGUGCCAGACCACACAGGUCCUGGAGCAGACGCUGAGCCCCCUGUGGGAUGAGCUCUUGGUAUUUGAUCAGUUGAUCAUAGACGGGAGGAGGGAGCAUCUGCAGGAGGAGCCUCCAUUAGUGCUCGUCAAUGUCUUUGACCACAAUAAGUUUGGCCCCCCUGUGUUCCUGGGCAGGUCACUGGCUGCCCCAAGGGUAAAGCUGAUGGAGGACCCUUACCAACGCCCUGAGCUGCAGUUCUUCCCCCUAAGGAAGGGGCCCAGGGCAGCCGGAGAGCUCAUCGCCACCUUUGAACUCAUUGAACUGGACUACAACGGCUGGCUCGAGCCCUCAGUGCUAAGUGAUGUAGAGCCCCAGGACCUGACACCACUGGUUGAGCACCUGUCUGGACGCCUGUCCCUGCCACCUGAUGUGCGUCCAGUGCUCAGGGAGUUCCGUGUUGAGGUGCUGUUCUGGGGUCUGAGAGGCCUUGGCCAUGUGCAUCUGUUUGAGGUGGAGCAGCCCCAGGUUAUGCUGGAGGUGGCUGGGCGAUGUGUGGAGUCAGAGGUCCUGGCCAGUUACCAUGAGAACCCCAAUUUCACUGAACUCGUCAGGCAUCUGACCGUGGACUUUCCCAAGCAGCCUUACCUGCAGCCCCCGCUUAGCAUCCUGGUGAUUGAGCGCCGGGCCUUUGGCUGCACCGUGCUUGUCGGUUCCCAUAUUGUCUCCCACAUGCUGCGAUUCAUACUCCGGGGUCAUGAGGAUGCCCCCGAGGAGGAAGGAGAAGAGGAGGAGACAGGGGACCUAGUGCUCAAGGGACCACAAGGACAGAAGUCCCUGGAUCCCUUCUUGGCUGAAGUGGGGAUGUCCAGACGGCUUCUGAAGGCUCCUCUGAAGAAGCUCCCCUUGGGGAGCCUCCUGAACCAAGGCCCUGAGCUGGAGGAGGACAUCCCAGAUCCUGAAGAGCUUGACUGGUGGUCCAAGUACUAUGCCUCGCUGCAGGAGCUCCAGGGGCAGACCAACUUUGAGGAGGAUGAAAUGGAUGAUCCCGGGCAGUCAGAUGGGGUCAACCUCAUUUCUGUGGAUGGGGAGGCCCAAGACCAGGGUCAGGGUGAGGCUGAAGUCAAAGGCUCCAUAUCCCAGAAGAAAGCAGUAGCCACCCUGAAGAUCUACGACGGCAUCCUGGAGGAAGAGUUUAACCACUUUGAAGACUGGCUGAAUGUGUUUCCCCUGUACCGAGGGUAAGGGGGCCAGGAUGGAGAUGGAGAAGAAGAAGGGUCUGGACAUCCUGUAGGCAAGUUCAAGGGAUCCUUCCUUAUACCUGAAUCAGAGGCAGUGUCAUUCUCUGAGCCCCAGAUCUCCCGGGGAGUCCCACAGAACCGGCCCAUCAAGCUCCUGGUCAGAGUACAUGUGGUAAAGGCCACCAACCUGGCUCCUGCAGACCCCAACGGCAAGGCAGACCCUUACGUGGUGGUGAGUGCUGGCCGAGAGCUGCGGGACACCAAGGAACGCUACAUCCCCAAGCAGCUGAAUCCUGUCUUUGGAGAGGUCCUGGAGCUCGGCGUCUCUCUCCCUGCCGAGCCAGAGCUGACUGUGGCUGUGUUUGAUCAUGACCUCGUGGGUUCUAAUGACCUCACCGGGGAGACCCACUUUGACCUGGAAAACCGAUGCUAUAGCCACCACAGGGCGAACUGUGGGCUGGCCGCCCAGUAUGACGGGGAUGGGUACAAUGCCUGGUGGGAUGCGUUCCGGCCUCCGCAGAUCCUGGCGGGGCUGUGCCAACGCUGUGGCCUCUCCGGCCCUGAGUACCGAGCCGGGGCUGUCAAGGUGGGCAGCAAAGUCUUUCCGACACCGCCUGAGACCCUGCCCCCCGAGGAGGCGCAGGCGCUGCUGGUGCUUGGGAUCCAGCUGGUGCCCGAGCACGUGGAAACUCGGUCCCUCUACCCUCCCCGCAGCCCAGGGCUGCUGCAGGGAUCCCUUCACAUGUGGACCGAUAUCUUCCCCCGUGAUGUGCCCGCCCCACCCCCAGUUGACAUCAAGCCUCAACAGCCAAUCAGCUAUGAGCUCAGAGUCAUCAUCUGGAACACGGAGGACGUGGUUUUGGAUGAUGUGAACCCACUCACUGAAGAGCUGUCCAGUGACAUCUAUGUGACAAGCUGGGUGAAGGGCCUGGAGCAUGACAAGCAGGAGACAGACGUUCACUUCAACUCUCUGACUGGGGAAGGUAAUUUCAACUGGCGCUUCGUGUUACGCUUCAACUACCUGCCCACGGAGCGGGAGGUGAGCGCGCCGCGGCCCGGACCCGUCGCCCUGGAGGAGGCCGAGGUCCGGCAGCCUGCGGUGCUGGUCCUGCAGGUCUGGGACUAUGACCGUGUCUCCGCCAACAACUUUCUUGGAUCCCUGGAGCUGCAGCUGCCAGACAUGGUGCAGGGAGCCUGGGGCCCGGAGCUCUGCUCCGUGCGGCUGGCCCGCGACGGGGCCGGGCCUAGGUGCAACCUCUUUUGCUCCCGCCGCUUGCGGGGCUGGUGGCCUGUGGUGAAGCUGCGGGAGCCAGAGGCUGAGCCCGGGGAGCAGCGGGAGGCUCCAGCGGGCAAGAAGAGGCGGAGGAAGAGGAGGAAGGACCGGCCGGAGGACUUGGCGUUCACAGAUCCUGGAGGAGUCCACAUCCUCACGGGGAAGGUGGAGGCAGAGUUUGAGCUGCUGACCGCGGAGGAGGCGGAGAAGCGGCUGGUGGGGAAGGGGCGACAGGAGCCCGAGCCCUUGGACAAGCCCAACCGCCCGAAGACCUCCUUCAGCUGGUCUGUGAACCCGCUGAAGACCUUCCUCUUCCUCAGCUGGCGCCUGCUGCUGCUGGCCCUGCUCACCAUCUUCCUCCUCCUGGUCGGCUACACCAUGCCCGGCCAGAUCAGCCAGGUCACCUCCCGCCCCCUCCACCGGCCCUGA